GUAAGACAGGAGAAAAGGCUCAUGAUCUUGCUUCAAAAAUAUGGCUUGCCGUCAUUGAUGGCUUGGAAGAAAACCAGCAAACAUUCUUGCUGUUGAAACACCUCGCACGAGAAGGAGAAGUCAAGCUCCAGCAAUGGCGAGGCCAUCCCUGCUUCUCGCCCUGCUGGUCACCGUCUGGGUAUGCGCGGCUCCAGCGCGCGCCGACCCGCUGCUGGAGAGGUUCGAGCGGUGGAUGGGCAGGCACGGCCGGCUGUACGCCGACGCCGGCGAGAAGCAGAGGCGGCUCGAGGUGUACCGGAGGAACGUCGAGCUGGUCGAGCGGUUCAACUCCAUGGGCAAUGGCGGGUACAGGCUCGCUGACACCAGGUUUGCUGACCUGACGAAUGAGGAGUUCAGGACCAAGAUGCUGGGCUUGGGACCUCGCAGCAGGGCCGGGCGCACCACGGCGCCAAGCACCAUGACUCGUGUUGCCAGUGGACUGGCUGGAGAUUUUUCUGAUCUGCCGAAAAGCGUCGACUGGCGGGAGAAAGGAGCUGUGGCGCCGGUGAAGAACCAGGGGGAGUGUGGUUCUUGCUGGGCGUUCUCCGCCGUCGCAGCCAUGGAGGGCGUCAACCAGAUCAAGAACGGGAAGCUGGUGUCCCUGUCGGAGCAGGAGCUCGUCGACUGCGACACCGUGGCUGUCGGCUGCGCCGGCGGGUACAUGAGCUGGGCGUUCGAGUUCGUCAUGAAGAACCGUGGCCUCACCACCGAGAGGAACUACCCUUACCAAGGAAUGAACGGCGCCUGCCAGAAGCCGAAGCUGAAGGAGAGCGCGGUGGCCAUCUCUGGGUACGUCAACGUGACGGCCAGCAGCGAGGCGGACCUCCUGCGCGCAGCCGCGGCGCAGCCGGUGUCCGUGGCCGUGGACGCCGGCAGCUUCGUGUGGCAGCUCUACGGCGGCGGGGUGUUCACGGGGCCCUGCACCACCGAGCUCAACCACGGGGUGACGGUGGUCGGGUACGGCGAGACCCAGGAGGACGCGGACGGCGACGGCGGCGGGACCCCGGGGCAGAAGUACUGGAUCGUCAAGAACUCGUGGGGGCCCGAGUGGGGCGAGGCCGGCUACAUCCGCAUGCAGCGCCAAGCCGGCGCCGCCGACGGCCUCUGCGGCAUCGCGCUGCUCCCGAGCUACCCGCUCAUGUGAGCCGGCUCUGGUGCUUAAUUGGAUAGUUAGUUAGUGAUGUACGGAUGCCUGCUAUGUAUAUGAUAAUGGUGAUCAACUGUAAGAAUACAAAAUAUCCAAAACCUGGCAGCUGAAACAAAAUCGUGAUGUUUGCCAGCUU